UCCAGGCUUCAUGUUUGUUUGUGUUCCGGUUGCGCCCGCUGCUUUGCCACGUGCGUGUCGACUACGUCCCCGAAGCACGUCAAUUGUCAUAUGCUGCAAUGGGAUUAUCAAGCAGAUUAUUGAAGAAGCUGUACGAUUACGGAGACAGUUUUCUGGAUGACAGGGACGGAAUCACCCGGUCAGAUGCAUCCAAGCUUGGCCAAAAGAAAUCAAGACGCUCGAACACCGAUAAGCGUAGAAAGUGCACCACUGCAGCAACGAAGCUUACCGAGAUAGAGCGCAUGAGAUUGGAACUUGGCCUUGACGACGCUUGCGAUGAGCCAGCUGCUGACGCACAGACAGAGCCAGCACACGAAGAUCGAGUGCCUAUAGUAGUAUUCAAAGAUCCUACGAAACGGAAGGCAAACAAACGUAAGCUUGAGGAGAAGAACACUUGCAGUAACGUGCAUCAGGAUGUGAAUGAAAUAAGCUUCAAGAAAGCAAGACAUGAUGUUUUGAAGUUUGGCAUCAAAGGCUUGGAAAAACCCAAACAAGAAGAAGCCAAGAUAGCUCUAGCUGUGCAGCUUGGAGCCAAGCCACCGAAGAACAACUACUUGAAUUACAAGGAGCUCAUUAAUGACAGAAAAGACAAAAAAGUGAAGGAACGGGAAGAGCGAAUUCUGAAUGCAAGGAUGGGUCUGAAGCCCAAAAGGCAAGGAAAUGUCAGGCAAAGGAAAACAAGCCGUGCACAACAUGAAGGUGUGCAUUAUGUCAGUAAAGAGUUGCUAUCACAAGUAAAGCACAAAAUAGCAAAGUCAAAGUAAGCUGCUUGUACAUAUGGUUAAUAAAAUUUGUUUUAUUUGUACAAAUG